GGAUGAGUUUGUGCAAACCCAUCUUCAGGGCUAUAAACCGUUUGGUACUAAAAGACCAACAAUGGCAAAAAAGGAGAAUAUUAAUAUUGAUCUUCCUGAGUCUGUUGAUUGGAGGGAGAAAGGAAUUAUUACAGAGGUUCGGGAUCAGGGUAUGUGCGGUUCUUGCUGGGCCUUUGCUGCUGCUUCCCAGAUUGCUUCUUACGCAAAGUUGAAUGACAUGUCCCAUCCACUAGAAGAAAUCUCGGUCCAACAUUUAGUCAGUUGUUCCGGAAACCCCCUUCAGUGCGGAGGAACAGGUGGCUGUAUGGGUUCCAUUGCUCAGCUAGCCUUUACUUAUACUUCUCUGUUUGGAGUUGUUAAAGAAGAAGAUUACCCUUAUACCAGUGAUGUACCUUGGGGUGAUGAUGGAGAGACCUGUAAGUAUGAUGCAACAACUACUCCUGCUACUGCUGUUGUUAUGGGAUUUGAAACUCUACCUCACAAUGACUUAGAUUCUGUUAUGUACCAUCUUGCAAACGUUGGUCCAUUGGCUACCACUGUGGCUGCCUCUGACGGGGGUCUAUAUUUUGAGGGGGUGUUUGAUGGCUGUGAUUACAAUGAAAAUAUUGAAGUUAAUCACCAAGUUCAACUGGUUGGAUAUGGAACAGCUCCAGAGGGUGAUUACUGGCUGAUAAAGAACUCCUGGGGAACAAUGUUUGGUGAAGGUUGGGAUACAGGAACUGGAGGAUAUAUUAAAGUCAAGAGGGAGUCAAGUGUUCUGUGUGGAACUAACAACACCCCUCUGAAUGGAAAUGCUUGUGUUGAUGGCGGUGUCACUUCUCAGCAUGUUUGUGGAAUGUGUGCUGUUCUCUUCGACAACUCGUACCCACUCGGAACAUCUUUUCUUUGAUGCCUUUGUUUUAAAGAAAUAAACAUGAUUAUAUUCA